AUGUACACUUUUGGCGCGAUUGCACUGGCGGGUCUCCUGUUGCUACUGCUGAUCCUGUACGAGAUAUAUCUCCGAUCGCUGCCAAGCUAUAAGGCAGCGGCACAAUUUCCCGGUUAUCGCGUUUAUCCGGUUGUGCAGAACAUUUUCGCAGCUCUGUUCAAGGGUCAGGCCGAAGGUUUUGCCCGGACGCGGAAAUGGGCCAAAGAGCAUAAUGGACAGAGCUAUAGAUUUCUUAUUCGAGGCGUUCUCUUCGUGCAGGCCAUUCAAUACAAAGAUGUUGAGAUGCUGUUAUCGAGUUCUAGGUUAAUUCGCAAGAGUGCACUGUACAAACUAACCAUUCCGUUCAUCGGCAAAGGACUGCUGAACAGUAGCGGUGAUAAGUGGCACAACAGAAGGCGAAUUUUGACUCCCACUUUUCACUUCAACAUUCUCCAAAGUUUUCUUCAAACAUUUCAUGAUGAGUGUGCAAAACUGAUAACGCAUUUAUACGAAGCUGCUGAUUGUGAUGCCAUUACUGCCCUGCAGCCACUAUCGACGAAGGUGACGUUGAAUACAAUAUGUGAAACUGCAAUGGGAGUCACGUUGGACUCUACAGAAAUGGCGGAUGUGUACAAAAACAACAUUCGCGAGGUUGGAAAAGUCAUUCAACACCGUAUGAUGAACCCGCUGCUGUUCGAAGAUUUUAUUUUCAAAUUACUGGGAUAUCAAGCAAAGUUCGAUAAAAUUCUAGAACCAAUACACAAUUUCACCAGGAACAUUAUCAAACAGCGGAGAGAUCUGUUUCACGCAAACGUUAAGAACAUAGAUGAAGUUUCAGACGAGAAUGUGUACAUGAAUAUAAAACAGAGAUACGCCAUGCUAGAUACUCUCCUAUUGGCAGAAGCCAGGAACCAAAUCGACACGAAGGGAAUUCAGGAAGAGGUUGACACUUUUACCUUUGAGGGCCACGACACCACAGCUAGCGCGUUUGUGUUCAUUUUUCUUCUGAUUGCGACCCACGCAGACGUCCAGGAACGACUGGUUGAAGAGUUGAACUUAGUUAUCAACAGCCGACCGGAACCAAGUGCGUCAUUAACAGUACAAAAUUACAACGACCUCAAAUACAUGGAUCGAGUAAUCAAGGAAGCACUUCGCAUCUAUCCACCCGUUCCGUUUAUAUCACGGGAGAUCACGGAAGAUGUUCACUACGAUGGAAAGACAGUUCCGAAGGGGUCAAUUUUUAACAUCGAAAUAUACGACCUUCACCGGGACCCGGAGCAGUAUCCUGAUCCGGAACGGUUCGAUCCCGAUCGAUUUCUACCGGAGCAGGUGGCAAAAAGGAACCCCUAUUCAUACGUUCCGUUCAGUGCUGGACCAAGGAAUUGUAUUGGUGAGUACGGUUACCAUAACUUUCAGUAUUAUAAAAAAAGUUUUUGGUUUUUUUUGCUGCUUCUUCGAACGGUGAGCUCAUCUCAACACAAUCCACAACAGUGCGGAAUACCCAAGAUCGACGGUAACGAGUUGAUAGUACAUGGACAGACUACCUCACCUGGCGACUGGCCGUGGCAUGUUGCGCUUUACCACCGCAAAGGGCGUUCUGUUGAAUACGCAUGUGGAGGAACUAUUAUCAACGAUCAGUACGUCCUGACAGCAGCGCAUUGCGUUAUGAAUAUCGCAAAUGGAUUUCAACUGGCGCCGAACCGGAUAUUUGUGCGAAUGGGUAUUCACGAUUUGGAAUCAUUCGAUCCGAAGUCGGCACAACAGCAUGAAGUAGGAAAAAUCCACAAAUUCGAAAACUUCACCCGACUGACUGAUGACAUUGCGUUACUCGAGCUGAGUACGAUUAUCCGAUUCAAUCCUUACGUUCAACCGGCUUGUGUUAAUCUGGAACCAAACAUAACAGGAGAGUUCGGAACAGUUGUUGGUUGGGGACUAACGGAGGAUGAUGUGACAUCAGUUACCUUGAAACAAGCUGAAAUGCCGGUUAUUGAUCCUCUAACGUGUCUGAGAAGUGAUCGCGUUCUGUUUGGGCAAACAUUAAAUGAAGGACUAUUCUGCGCGGGUUACACUAACGGAACAAGUGUAUGCAAUGGUGACAGUGGUGGAGGAUUAUUCUUUAGAAGAGCUAACACAUGGUUUUUGGGAGGAAUUGUGUCCUUUUCUCAGACUCGUUCUGGUGGUACGAAUUACUGUUAUACGAAAGGUUAUGGAGCCUUCACACAGGUUCAGAAAUACCUCUCCUGGAUGAGAGAAAUCACGAAAAUGCCUCUCGUGCCUGAUAGUGAUGUGCGUAUUUGUAAACCGGAAGUUCCUGAUCCAGCAAAGACAUAUCCCAAUUAUUUACCUAGACAAUGUGGAGUGUAUAUUCCCAAUCGCAUCUUAGGAGGGCAAAACGCACGCGUAUUUGAAUUCCCUUGGAUGGCUAUAUUACAAACCGACGAAAAGAAUUUUCUCUGUCCAGGAACUCUGAUUAAUAAGCGUUACAUCCUUACGGCGGCUCAGUGUAUAACGAAUCAACUACCGAAGAAAGCGAUUUUAGGAGAGCAUACCAUUGAACAGGAUACGGAUUGCAAUGGAAUGGAGGACUGUGCUCCACCUGUACGACAGUAUAAAAUUGAGUGUGUCAUAACGCAUCCAGAUUAUUCGUGGAGACACAAACAAAACGAUAUUGCAUUAAUUCGUUUAAGUGAGGAUGUUUGUUGGGAUGAUCAUGUUCAUCCAAUUUGCUUGCCGUACACAGAGGAUCUCAGGCGCUAUCAACCCUCGCGCUAUAUCGUCACAGGAUGGGGUUACACAGGGCCUUUGACAUUGAGAAACUCGAGUUUUUCAAACAUACUUCAAAAGGCAACUCUUUUCCCAGUCAAUCGUACCCGAUGUCAGGCUUGGUUGAAUAGUUUCCCAAAAGGUUUAGUUUUGCAUGACGGGCAAUUAUGCACAGAAGGGAGAGAGCCGAAUUUAUCUGACACCUGUGCCGGAGAUGGUGGGGCACCGUUGGGGUACGGUGCUAAACUCUAUGGGACACGUUUCGUGCAGUUUGGUAUCGUUUCGUAUGGAGUGGAGUGCGGUACAGCUGCGUCUGCUGUCUAUACAAAUGUUUCUUAUCACAUGGACUGGAUUUUUGCGAAUAUGAGACCAUGAGUAAAGUAAAUUAAUAGCGUUUUGA